AUGCUAAUUGACUCUGAUUAUGGCAAGAAAAAGGGAAUUUCCGAGGAAGACAGAGUGGUUAAUAGGGAAGUUUCAAAUUUGGAGGUUUUUGAGAAUGUUAUCCCGCCAGUUCAGCCUGUGAAUCCUACUGGGAACAUGUCAGGGAUAAUUUUGGGAAAUCACGAAAAGACUGCUAGUUAUGGGGAUGAAACACUCCGACCCAGCUCGUUAGUCACCUUUAUACCUGGUAGGCUGGAGAUGGGAUUUGUGGAUGGACAUUCUGGACCAAAGAAUGCUGAGAAGCCCAGAGAAAGAGCUACUGGUAAACAGAAGAAGAAGGUGGAGUCGUCUGUUGGUGGGGAAAGGAAUGUGAAAGGAGGUCAGCAACAGGCCGGGCUGUCCUCGAAGUCAAGUAGGCCAAAGUGUCAGAAGGAUAACAUGGGGGGGAAGACAAUCCAGCUGGGUGGUGGUAGGCUCAAAAGGUUCGUGGUUGGUGGUAGGUCUACAAAGAAGUCAGGAGGGCUCGGGAACCCCUGGACAGUGACAGGGCUCAAAGGGAUAGCGUCCCUAAUUCAUCCCGAUUUAAUUUUUCUUAGCGAGACGAGGUGCACUUCGGUGGAGAUGGCUGAGGUUAAGGUUCAGCUAGGGUGGAGGAAUGCUUUUGCGGUGGAUUGUAGAUUUGUUAAAAAGAAGAAGGGAAAAGGUUUGAGUAGAGCGGGGGGACUUUGCUUACUUUGGAAAGAUGAUGUGAAAGUGGAGCUCCAAACUUAUUCGGACAAUCAUAUCGAUGUGGUUGUUGGUGAGAACAACGACCAGAAGAGGUGGAAGUUUACAGGUUUGUAUGGUAAACCUAAGUUGGAAGAUCGUCACAAGACUUGGUUGUUGCUACGUCAAUUGAGUCUGCACGGAAAUUUGCCGUGGAUUAUUGGGGGGGAUUUCAAUGAAAUUUCCUCUGCGUUAGAUAAGAUGGGAGGGGUGUUGCGAAGUGCUAGACAGAUGGCAGGUUUUCAAGAGGCUUUGGAGUUUUGCAACCUUGGGGAUAUUAAAUUUGUUGGACCUAGGUUUACAUGGAGAGGUAAAAGAGGUGGUGAGGAAGUUAAAAUUAGGUUGGACAAGUUUGUGGGGACGGACACUUGGAAGCAUAUGUUUCCAGGUUCUUUGGUUUUGUGGAACAGGCUGCAAAAUACAAGGUCAGCCUUGGAAGUCUGGAGUGCAGAACACUUUGGGAAUUUGACGAGGGAGAUUGAAAAUGUCAAAGCCCAGCUUGCGAUAUUCUUUGAUAAUUCCUUUUCUGCACCCCCUGAUAUGGUUAGAGUGGAACUCGAAUCCAGAUUAGAUGUUCUUCUUCGUCGUGAGCAGACUUUUUGGAAGCAUAGGGCUAAAAUAUUUUGGUUGUCAGACGGAGACUUGAAUACUAGAUUUUUCCAUCAAAGAGCGAGUAACCAAAAGAAGAAGAAUACUAUUUUAGGUCUUUUCGACGAAGACGGUGCAUGGUGUACAGAGGAUAAGGACUUGGAGAGAAUUGUUCUAACUUAUUUUCAAAAGCUUUUUUCUUCUUCUCAACCCACAUGUUUCCAGAAUAUUCUAGAAGUCUUGCCCCAGGUGAUCUCAGAAGAUGAUAACGCCACAUUGACCAGAGAGCAUAGUGUGGAUGAGAUCUUUGGGGCCAUUAAAGCUAUGCAUCCAUCUAAGGCGCCUGGCCCUAAUGGUUUUGCCCCGUGUUUUUAUCAGGCUUUUUGGGAGUUGAUUGGAGGGGACGUGGUGGAGGCAGUGAGGUCGUUGGUUGGAUCGGUGGACCAGUUGAAGACUGUUAACAGUACGGUUAUUGCUCUUAUACCAAAGGUGGAAGCUCCGCAAUAUAUGAGCCAGUUUAGGCCUAUCAGUCUUUGUAACGUUGUUUACAAAAUUGGUUCGAAAGCCCUGGCCAACCGAUUGAAGCCUUUUUUGAACAACUUAAUUUCUCCUUACCAGAGUGCUUUCGUACCCGAAAGGUUGAUCUCAGAUAACUCUUUGUUGGCUUUUGAGGUUUCCCAUUGUUUGAAGAGAAGGAGAAGUGGUAAGAAGGGAUAUUAUGCAUUGAAGCUGGAUAUGAGCAAGGCAUAUGAUCGUGUGGAGUGA